AAUGGUGUCAUUUUUAUUGUGUUUCAUCCUGUCUCCUCCUCCUCUCUCUCUACUCUCUCUAUAUAUAUAAGCCCUCAGUUUUUCUCCACACACAAAAGUCAUAUCCCAAUUAUACACACACAUUUCUGUAUCUAUAUGUGGUUCUAAAGAUCAAAGGAAAUGAAAACCAGAAGGCUUUCUUAUCCAAAAGUAAACAAUAUGUGUUGUGACAAGAGAAAAACAUACUGUAACUUCUCCGGUGAAAACACGUGCCGGAAAAGAGUAAAGUCGUCGGCGGGGACACCGGCCGCGACUGUUUCCGGCCAGUGUGAUUAUUUAGACACCCUUCCAGACGACAUCGUUUUGUUUAUCCUCUCUAAACUUGGCUCAACCGCCAGCUGUCCUGCAGAUUUCAUCAGCGUGUUAUCAACAUGCAAGAGGCUAAACGCGUUGGGUGUGAACUCACUCGUGUUGUCUAAAGUGUCUCCGAAAACUUUUGUGGUUAAAUCGAAGAACUGGUCGGAAUCCGCUCACCGGUUUUUGAAACGGUGUUCGGAUGCCGGAAAUGUUGAAGCUUGCUACACACUUGGCAUGAUUCGAUUUUACUGCUUGCAAAAUCGAGGAAGUGGAGCAUCGCUAAUGGCGAAAGCCGCGAUUAAUUCACACGCUCCAGCGUUGUACUCGCUAGCGGUGAUUCAGUUCAACGGUAGUGGAGGCUCCAAGAACGACAAAGACUUACGCGCGGGUGUGGCUCUGUGUGCGCGUGCAGCGUUUCUCGGUCACAUUGACGCUCUUAGAGAACUCGGACAUUGCCUCCAAGACGGUUAUGGUGUACGUCAGAACAUUGCUGAAGGACGACGGUUUUUGGUUCAAGCGAACGCUCGUGAACUUUCAUCCGUGCUCUCAACAACCCCGUCCGCGUUGGUUCCGGGUAACUGGAUGACGUGGAACACGUUACCUAAUUUACGUCAUGGAAACGUUGUGGGACUGGGGUGUCCGUUGCUUAGUGAUUUUGGAUGUAACGUACCCGCUCAGGAACCUCAUCCGGCGAACCGGUUCCUUUCCGAAUGGUUUUCGGAUAAGGACCUUGGUUCUGGUCUCCGGUUAUGCUCACACGCUGGGUGUGGGCGGCCGGAGACCAGACAACAUGAGUUCCGAAGAUGUUCGGUUUGUGGGAAUGUGAACUAUUGUUCUCGUGCGUGUCAAGCGCUUGACUGGAAAAUCCGUCAUAAGAUGGAGUGUGCACAAGUUGAGAGAUUGGUUGAUGACGGUGACGGGGAUGAUAAUGACAAUGUUAAUGAAGAUGACGGAAUGUUUGUGGAGAGCUGAAACGUUGGCCGGAUUUAUGUAUUUUGACGGUAACGGAACUUGUUCGACAUAACGGCAUUUGAAGCAAAGUUAUGUUGGGGUUACUUCAUCGGGAACUUGCUUUCUUUAGACGUUGGACGGAAUAUCGACGUUAGUAAGAGAAGUAAUUUACUUUUUUUUUUUCUCUUUCGAAAAUGGGUAGCAAUUUUUGUACAAUAUAUUUUCAGUGUAGCUGCCUUUUUAUAUUUAAAGAAAAUCAUUAAAAGCUCUUAAAUUGAAGAAAAUUCAAAUCU